AAGAGGCCAAGACUGGUAUACUUCAAUUAAUAGUGAAGGGAGAAUGUCAGGCAGAAAGGCGAGUUCAGGUACCUUCCAGAGUAUGAGACCCAGAGCCCCUCUCCAACUCCAUGCAGGCCUUCAUCCCUGCCAUGGCUAAACUAAUCCAGAAGAAGCUACAGGGAGAAGUGGAAUAUCAGCAGCUACAGAAGGACCUGAGUAAAUCCAUGUCUGGGCAGCAGAAGCCUGAGGUGCCCAAUAAAAAUAUUAUCAUUAAGGAGGAAUUGGCCCUGCUGGUUCAGUCCAACAUGGUCUUUAAAUUUCUGGGUCCUGUACUGGUCAAAGGAGAUGGGAGAAGCUUGGGCCACACAGUGGGAAAGAGGCUGGACUAUAUCAGAGCUGAAAUUAAGCAAUACAAAUCCCAGCUCUGGGAUCCUGAACAGCAGACCGCGCUACAGAGGAAGACCCUGGCUCAGGUGCAGCAGGAGUUGUAGUGGGCCCAAGUGGCCAAGGCAAGGGCUUCUAGGAAGGACUAACCAGGUGUGGGGAGCAGGGAAGGAGAGGAAAUGAGGCAGCUCUAGGGUCUAUACUGUAGCUAACAAAAUGUGAAAACACCUGUUUUCUGACCAGUCACUUCUGUCAUAAUUGUCUCCAUCCAUUCCCUGGGCCCUGUCCACUUUAUAUAUACACCACCUACAUUACUCCAUCAGGUCAAAAUUCUUGGAACUGGAACCUCUCUGUGGCAGAGUAAUCCUUCUUUCUUUAUUGAGACUAAAAUUAAAUGUCUCAAACCUACUUCUUGUCUGUAUGUGCAACCCUUAAUUCUCCCUUAUCUUGACUGGCAACACCUCUAUAGGAAACAUGAGAAAGGCAUUUACAACACAAUUGUUGGGAAGGUUAGAUGGGGGGGAAAAUAAAAGUACCAAAACCAUUCAAUGAAGAAAGCAUAUCCAAAGCCAAGGAAACUGCAUAUCCAAAUGCCUAUGAAUGAAAUUGGAAUCUUACCUUAUAGCAAAUACAAAAGUUAACUCAAAAUGGACCAAAGACCUAAAUGUAAGUGCUAAAACUAUAAUACUCCUAAGAAAACACUGGGGAGUGGGGAGGGGGGUUGGGGCACCUGGGUGGUACAGUCCGUUGAGCAACUGACUUGGGCUCAGGUCAUGAUCUCGUGGUUUGUGAGUUAAGAGACCCGCGCCGGGCUCUGUGCUGACACAUCAGAGCUGGAGCCUGCUUC